UAAAGAAGAGCCUACCUUUUAAUAAAAAUCCAAUGCACAUUCCUAUAAACUCCAUCUAUAUAACAUCUUUACUAAAACUCUUUAUGUGGGAAGUCCUCUUCGAGCCUCCAUGGAAAGAACUCAAGAAAUCUAUGUCAAUGGUAAGUAAGAAGCAUAUGCUAGUGUAAUUCCCUUUAAGAAAACAUACGAAAACAUGCUAACCAUGAUUGUUCUUGUCUUUUUGUUUUCAGAUCAGCAAAACAUAGAAGCAAACCUAACAGAUCAUGAGGAAAUGAAUAACACCAUGGAGAUUGAAUCAUUUCCCAUAACUCAGCCAAAGAAUUAUAGAAGGUGGCUUCGUAUCUCCAUUUAUGUAUUCUUUGUCCUCUCCUGCCAAGCACUUUCCACAAUUCUUGGAAGAUUGUACUUUGAAAAUGGUGGUAAGAGCACAUGGAUGGGAACACUUGUCCAACUAAUAGGCUUCCCUGUUCUGUUUCUCUUCCGCUUCCUUUCCAAAACCAAAACACCAAAAUCAACAGAUAUAAGUCUCAGAAAGUUCCCUUCCUUCAUCACCCUUGGAUCAGUUUACAUUGUCACUGGACUAUUAGUGUCUGCUAACUCUUACAUGUCUUCUGUUGGGUUACUCUACUUGCCAGUUUCAACUUUCUCCCUCAUCUUAGCGUCACAACUAGCCUUCACAGCCUUCUUCUCAUACUUCCUAAACUCGCAGAAGUUCACACCGUUCAUAGUCAAUUCUUUGUUUCUUCUCACCAUCUCCUCUGCUCUCCUUGUUGUCAACACUGAUGAGUCACAAAGCACAACAAAUGUUUCUAGUAGAGUAAAGUAUGUGAUAGGGAUCAUAUGCACCAUUGGUGCGUCUGCUGGCAUUGGACUGCUUCUAUCUCUAGUACAACUGAUCCUCAGGAAAGUUUUAAAGAACCAUACAGUCUCAACGGUCAUGGACUUGGUCGCCUACCAAUCUCUAGUUGCAAGCUGUGUGGUUCUCAUUGGACUUUUUGCAAGCGGUGAGUGGAAGACUUUGACAAGUGAGAUGGAAAACUAUAAACUUGGAAAAGCACCAUAUGCUAUAACUUUGGCCUCCAUAGCUAUUUCAUGGCAAGUCUACACCAUUGGUGUUGUGGGGUUGAUCUUUGAGUCAUCUUCUGUGUUCUCUAAUUCCAUAACUGCUGUGGGAUUGCCUAUUGUUCCUGUUGUGGCAGUGAUAGUUUUUGGUGAUAAAAUGAAUACGUCUAAGAUCUUCUCCAUCAUUUUAGCUAUAUGGGGUUUCAUUUCAUUCGUCUAUCAGCACUACCUAGAUGAAAAGAAAUUGAAGCUUAGCCAUACAGAUCAUGUAGGAGGUCCUCCUCUACCUGUUGAUGAAGGUCGCACAAACAUACAAAUCGUAUAAUCAUGCAUAUAUCCUGUAUACAUUAUAUGUCUUUACGUACAGUUUAAGCAUAAUGUAUAUACAAAAAUUUGUAACUCUAUUCGGACAACAAUUCAGUUUUGACUUUUGAGUUAUAAGUAACUGAGCAAAAUGAAUAUAGCAAAGGUUUUUUUACCACAAAUUUUGUCAGUUUUGGUGUACAAUUUUCAAAACGAUUAAAGCCAGUAGAUUACUGCCAAAAUAAAUUAUAUUUUGUCUUCAAGAAUUCUCCAAGCUAAGACCAUCUCCAAUGUACUUCAUUUUUUACUUUUUGCUUUAUUUUGAAGCAAAUUUUGCUCCAAUAGUGCUUCAUUUCUUGCUUCAAAAUGAAGCAAUAUAACUUCAAAUUUAAAGCAAUACUGUUCAUUGCUUUAUUUUUUCAAAUUAAGAACUUUAAUUCAUUUAAAUUUGAAGCAAUACGGUUUAUUGCUUCAUUUUUGAAGCUGAACUUUCUAAAUUAUAAAUUGGUCCUUAAUUUUUGUUUG